GCAGAGACGGUUGCCGAAAGGUGAAGUGAAGAGCGACCUGUACGGAGCGUAUAAAAACCGACAAGUGUUGUCCGCGGGGAAUAUUUGGGCAAUCGGUUGUGAGAUACGAACAUUGUGUAGGUUAAAUUUCUGUGUGCGCGAAUAUAGAGAGGAUAUUUGAUCGAUGGCGCUUAAUUGAUUUCGAUUGCGAGUUGUAAUUCAUUGGAUAUUCGAAGUUUGCAUAGUGCGGGGAAGAAACGGUAAACCGGAAGAGUCUCGAGCGGAAGGGAUAAUUCGGGGACGAGAAACGUCAAUUGUUGGGAUCAUCGGCAGAAUGAGUUCUGCAGUAUCGAAGUCGAAAUCGACCAGGAGACCGGCCAGGAAAUCGACCAAGAAAUCGAGUUCUUGUUGCAAAGGUAGCGGCUGCCGAUCAGAAGAGCCCGAAAGCUCAUCCUACACGUCAGACUCGUCGUUGUCUUACUCGGACUCCUAUGACUCCUCCGGCAGCCAUUGUUACGGUAGCUGCCGUCCGCGGAGGCGAAGGAAUAAAGGCAAACCGGGAAGGAGGUCGAAAUUGAGCGUGCGAUCGUCGAAGGCGAAAACGCGGUACCAAACUCCGUGCAACGGGACGAAAACCUGGAGAAGGAAGCCAUCUCGUCGAACGAGACGAUCUCCCUCGCCGUGCGAUUGCCCGUCAGACGGUAGCUCGGACUGCGAUUGUUCCUCGUCGUGCGGUUGCUCGGACUGCGAUUGCUGCUCGUCAUGCAGUUUCUCGAGCAGCGUGUUGUCGGAUUCAGGCAGCAGCGACUGCUGCUGUGGCACAGACGCCAAACCGCGUCGUAAAACGCGAACUUAACUAAAUCCCAGCAUCGUCGCAUCGACACGCGUGUCAUCGAUUCGUAUCAUUCACAUUGCGCCAAUCUAUGUAUUAUCUAUUUAUUAAAUUAUUUAUUUAUUCCACGCUUCUAUUGUUGCAGCGGCGAAAGUGUAACGUAACUGAUAAGUAUAUUUAAGUAACAGAGUAGAUUUUAAUAUAAGAUUCAUAAGUAUUUAUAAAGCGAAUAGGCGAAUAGGAGAUUUUAUAGCAACCUGCAGCAAUAGGAGUGGCUUUACGCCGGAGCACUAGAGGUGCUGUUAUUUAUAAGGAAAUCAAUCAUUGUAUGUUACUUCAAGAAUAAAGGUGUCCUUCAUACGAAACAAUCGAGA